AUGGCAGAAACUCCAAUGAAGCCGCAGAAACGCAUUCUCGGAGACGCGACAAUGACGUCCGGCAAUAUCCUACCUAGCACCCUUUCCAAGAAACGAAAGCUCGAAACAGACGAAGCAUCCGCUUUACAGAAAGUCGCCCCGAAAAGAAACGGUGUCAAGAGCUUUGGCUCGAGCCAGGCACAAGCGAAGAGUUCUUUUGAGGAAGACCUAGAAAAAUUGACCCAAGAUAUCCAUGGACUGAAGGAAAAUAACUUCGAGAAAGACCAACAAUGGGAGCGACCACCGUUGGAAGGAUUCGAUGCAGCAAAGGACAACCUGUGCUUCCAGCAAAUCGACGCUGAGGAGGGGACCUUUAGUGGCGCGGCAACUGUGAAGCUUUUUGGGAAUUCCGUCCUCCUCCAUGUCGAGAAUUUUCGUCAUUAUUUGUAUAUCGCUGCUCCCACGGGGUUCAAACAAGAGUAUAUUCCUCAAUACGCCAUGUGGCUCAACUCGAAGCUUGGGUACGGUGGCCAGAUUAUCCACUCGGCAGAGCUCGUGAUUAAAGAAAACCUUUACGGCUACCAGGGUAAAACCAAGAAACCAUACAUUAAACUCACAGUUACAGACCACAAGGAUAUUGGGAAACUGCGCAAUUCGUUGGAGAAGAACUUUUCGUCGCUUAAUUAUAAAGGCCUAUGGCAGUCGGUCGAUGACGGAGGUAUUAUGACAUUCGACAAUAUCCAAUACGUGUUGAGAUUUAUGAUUGAUACCGGAAUCUCCGGCAUGUCCUGGGUGGAAGCCAAGGCAGGUAAAUACCAACUGGUUCCCCCAAAUUUUAAAUAUUCAAAUUGCCAAAUCGAGGCGCGUAUCUCUUAUACCGACCUUAUCGCCCAUUCACAUGAUGGCGAGUACGCAAAAACGGCACCGCUACGUGUCUUGUCCUUCGAUAUUGAGUGUGCAGGCCGAAAGGGAAUCUUCCCAGAGCCAAACCAAGACCCUGUGAUUCAGAUUGCGAACGUGGUUACCCGUUAUGGAGAGUCAAAGCCCUUUGUUCGAAACGUCUUUGUCCUAAACACGUGCAGUCUUAUCGUCAACGCCCAAAUCCUAGAGUUUGAGCACGAGGACAAAUUGCUGAUGGCAUGGAAAGACUUUCUCCAAAAGGUUGAUCCAGACGUUAUUAUCGGGUAUAACAUUUCAAAUUUCGACUUUCCGUACCUGCUUGACCGCGCGAAGCACUUGAAAUGCCAUAAUUUCCCAUACUUUACGCGACUACCCAAUCAAAAGUCUGAAGCAAAAGAAAGCAACCUAUCGAGUAAGCAAAUGGGCAAUCGCGAUACAAAAACGACCAAUACAAAUGGAAGAAUACAGCUUGACCUUCUCCAACUGGUGCAAAGAGAUCAUCAUCUUCGAAGUUACACGUUGAACUCGGUCUCUGCUCAUUUCUUGGGUGAACAAAAAGAAGAUGUACACCACACAAUGAUUACAGAAUUGCAUAACGGUACCCCCGACUCACGAAGGCGGUUGGCUGUCUACUGUCUAAAGGAUGCCUACCUGCCACAAAGACUUAUGGACAAGUUGAUGUGCCUGGUUAACUAUACUGAGAUGGCCAGGGUGACGGGCGUGCCGUUCAACUAUCUCUUGUCUCGUGGUCAGCAGGUCAAAUUCAUCAGUCAGCUUUUCCGCAAGGCUCUCCUGGAGGAUUUGGUGAUUCCGAAUCUCAGCAAGCAGGACGAGGGCGAGUACGAGGGUGCAACCGUUAUCGAACCUACCCGAGGCUACUAUGACGUGCCUAUUGCAACCCUUGAUUUUGCGUCUUUGUAUCCGUCUAUCAUCCAAGCACACAAUCUUUGCUAUACUACCCUUUUGAACAAGAAAGCCGUGGAGGUGUAUAAAUUUGAAAAGGAUAAGGACUAUAUUGUGACGCCUAAUGGUGACAUGUUCUGCAAGUCAAAUGUUCGGAAAGGGUUGUUGUCGCAGAUUCUUGAAGAACUCUUGGGGGCACGGAAAAAGGCCAAGAAAGAACUGGCUGUCGAGACGGACCCGUUUAAAAAGGCGGUGCUGAACGGUCGACAACUUGCGCUGAAGAUAAGCGCUAACAGUGUGUACGGUAUUACGGGAGCAACGGUUGGAAAGCUUCCUUGUUUGGAAAUCGCCAGUAGUACAACUAGUUAUGGUCGUCAAAUGAUUGAGAAGACGAAAGCAGAGGUUGAGGCAAAAUACACUAUCGCCAAUGGAUACUCACAUGACGCACAGGUCAUUUACGGCGACACUGACUCGGUGAUGGUCAAGUUCGGAGUCAAGAAUCUUGAGGAAGCAAUGAAACUAGGGGAAGAAGCGGCCGAUUACGUGUCGUCAAAGUUCAUCCGACCGAUUAAACUCGAGUUUGAGAAGGUGUACUUUCCAUACUUACUGAUCAACAAGAAACGUUACGCUGGUCUUUACUGGACCAACCCGAAGAAGUUUGACAAGAUGGACAGUAAGGGUAUUGAGACUGUUCGGCGUGACAAUUGUCGGCUUGUCCAGACUGUCAUUGAAACUGUUUUACACAAGAUUCUUAUUGACCGAGAUGUUGACGGAGCACAAGAUUAUGUCAAGAAUACCAUUUCUGAUUUGCUACAAAACAAAGUUGACAUGUCCAAGUUGGUUAUUACCAAGGCCUUAUCCAAGUCCGACUACACUGCCAAACAGGCCCACGUCGAACUCGCCGAGCGGAUGCGCAAAAGAGACGCAGGGUCUGCACCGACAUUGGGUGACCGUGUGGCGUAUGUGAUCGUCAAGGGUGCUGGCGGAUCGAAGAAUUACGAGAAAUCAGAAGACCCGCUCUAUGUACUCGAGAACAACCUCCCUAUCGACACCAAGUAUUAUCUCGACAACCAACUCGCCAACCCGCUGGGACGUAUAUUCGAGCCGAUCCUGGGAGAGAAAAAGGCAUCGCAGCUGUUGACUGGUGAACACACACGGGCUAUUUCCGUGGCGGCCCCCACGCUGGGCGGGUUGAUGAAAUUUGCAAAAAAGACACAGACAUGCAUGGGCUGCAAGAAACCUCUUGUCGGCAAGGAUGAAAAGGCGGGCGCCGUUUGCGAAAACUGCCGUCCCCGGAUGGGCGAGCUGUAUUCCAAAACGCUGAAGAAAGUGUCUGAUCUCGAGGUCCGCUUUGGCCGGCUGUGGACGCAAUGCCAGCGCUGCCAGGGCAGUUUGCACUGUGAAGUGAUUUGCUCGUCGCGCGACUGUCCGAUUUUCUACAUGCGGAUGAAGGCGAAGAAAGACGUUGAGGACUCGGAGAAGGAGUUGAUGAGGUUUGAUUACGACCCCGGCGCAUGCGCGGGCGACGGAGCAGACGCAUCGCCGCACUCGCCGCCGUUGGCAGACAUGAUAAACACCCACGAAUCUAGUCUUUCAUCGCAUCUAACACUCGUCAAAUCGCUCGCGAAAAACACCGCCGAAACGGACAGAGCUGUUGACCAGGUGCUGGACAGCGCGCAGAAGCUGGUGGAGAGCUUUUCGCUACUGCGUGAGCAACUUAAUAAACAGAAGUUUGCCGCGAAGAUAGACACACGAGAGACGCACAACAACGGCAAGCGAAAAAUCCACGCGGCGCCCAAGUCGCAACAACGUGCUUCUACAUCCAAAAUGGAGAACAACAGCUCCAGCGAGUCUUAUCAGAAUGUCCGCCCCGGGCAGAAGCGUAGCAGGACGGACAAUGACGCCGAUACGGAAUCUUCUGGGAUGGGAAAACGGACUAGAACAAAACGGGCGAUCCCUGGGGCCGACGACGACGUCAGCAACUAUGUCCCCGUGGCCCUGCAGAAGGACGACAUCUCUGAGCAGGUCGAGCGACGCCUGCGACUGCGCGAGGAGCAGCGGCGGGUUCAGCUCGACGAACCAGGCAAGAAGCGAAGACGUAGUAGCGGGACCAACGACGCUGUUGCUGCUGCUACUAAGCCCGAUCGGGCAAUUCGAAAACGACACAAGGCAGAUUAA